GUGAGCCUGAGGAGUGAAGGUUGCGCGCACGUGAAUCAGCCUCUGCCCCACAUUUCCACGAUGCGACCAUACCGCAUCCGGACAACUCGCUCGUCGCUCCGACAUCGAAAAAGUCCAGGGUAGCGAUCGUGAGCGCGCAAACGGGCAUCAAACAGCGCCAGCCACACAAACAGUAGCUCUUCCGCCCGCCAUCCGCCUCCCGCCGUCAAACCCAUCGCUCGACUCCCACCAUCGCAAACGCGCCAAACCAUCCAUCCCAACCUCCACAAUGCCCUACUUCCGCAUAACACUCAUGCGAUCCGGCAUCGGUAUGCCCCUUAAAACACAAGGUGUCCUCAAAGCGCUCGGCCUGCGCAAACGCAUGACGACCGUUUACCACCCCGUCAGCCAAUCUGUCGCCGGUCAAAUUAUGAGGAUCAAAGAGCUCGUUGACGUCAAGGAAGUGGAUCAUGCGAUGACAAAGACUGAGAUGCGCGAGUCGAGACGGCCAGACCCGGGGUAUUAUGUCGAGAAGAAGGCGGGGGAAGCAAUGCGGGGGUAUUAGUAGAUGAUGGGAAGACAAGAAAGGUUCCUGGACGGUUGUACAGUAGUGUACGGGGUAGUGCAGGCAUACAUGGCGUUUUUUUGGCGUAUAGCAUUAUGGCACGCGGAAACGAAGAGAUGAACUUGAAUGGAUUGGAGCUUCUACAUC